ACAGAACACUGCAAAGAUGAAGACUCUGCUGGUUGCCUUGCUGGUGGCGAUCUUAUACGCCGGAAAAGGUAAGGCACAUUUCUCACCUUUGCAUAGGAAAAGAGCUGCAGAAAAGGACGGGAGACUUGGAGACUCAUAGAAUCGCAAGACUGUAGGGUUGGGAUGGAUGCGAAGCACUAUCUAGUCAUCUAGCAUAAGAUGUAAGCAUCAGAGCAUUAUAAUCUCAGGGCUGUGGGUCUGAGCCCCACACUGGGUGGAAGCAUUGCAGGGCACGAUCCUAGAUGACUAGAUAAUCCUCGUGGUCCUUCCAACUGUACAAUUCUGCGAUCUACAAUCUAAAAGGGGGACUCUAAUAUAAUGCUCAGACCAGUGACUAGUGUUUAAUACUAAAUGCCCCAUUAAAAAACCCACACCUAAGUUUCUAACACCAUGGAGAGGUUUUUAUUGAAGAUUUAUGAAUGUAUAAGAGUAGCCCUGCUGGCUCAUAUCUAUGAUCCAUUUGAUCUAUCAUCCUGUUUCUGUUAGUUCCCAGCCAGAUGUUUUCAGGAAAGAGGGCACGAAGGCAACAGCUGUUGUCCCACCUCAGCCAACGGCAUCUUGAGGUAUACUGCACGAACUCUGGAGGUUCCAUUUGGCCAGUGGAAUUGUAGAAAUUAAUUAGGCAUUGGUGCAAAGAAGCUUUGUUUCCUCUUUUUUCGUCCCGUCUGUCUGAUAGUGGAGGGUUUAGAGAGGGCAAGUCAGAUGAGGGAAGGUGGAAGGGACUGUGUAAAUGAAGGCUUGUGUGAGUAUCCUUUCAGAAACAUCUAAAAGGCGAUGGGAGAAGAAGCAACCACAUCCCACUCAAACAAAAGAUAUGCAAUAGACUAUUGGAUUAAAUAACAGAAAAGCAGGUUUAGAUUGUCCCUAGCCCAGCUGAAUGUUGGAAGAUUCUUAUCCCUGCAGAAAAGUUUCGUAAGAAAGGUUGGCUCACCCAGACACGCUUCAGAUACACAGGAUGUACCUGUGGCAGGAACAAGUAUCUGUCUAAUGCGCCGUCAUGCUCUCCCCUGCUCCUGCGCAUAGAACAUGUUACGUGAUCUGACAUUAGUGUACGGAAAGCUGUGUAUAUGAACAAUCUGCCUAGGCGUUCCAGCCACCCUGCGGGUUUUUUGCAUCAGAAAGAUUGUAAGGGUGGACAGUUCACAUACAGGUAUGGCUCUAUGUCUGUGGAUGUUGAACGGCACGCAUUUUGCACAGUGUGCCGAAAAGUUGCGCAGGAGAAUGAAAUUUCUCAGGACACACAGAGCCUUCAUGCUGGGCCCUUUAGGAGGAAAAUGGGGAAAAUUAGGGAUGUGAUAUUUUUGGAUAAUAUGUUUUGUUUAAAUUUCUAAUAAAAAUUUAUUUUAAAAAAUAUUUGAGGUCCCAUCCUCCAAAUUACAAUCCAAUAGGAUUGUAAGACUAUAGCUGGGAAGGGGUGGGGACACACAAGGGGACUAGAUUGAAACCAAACAAACAGUAAACAAAGGAAGAGAUUUGGGUUGAAAAACUGCCCCUCUGGGCUUCCUGUUUCCUGUGCGCCAGGUGAUGGACCCCUCUCCCAACGCCGCAGGAGAGAGACAGACAGAGAUAACCAGAUAAUGAUGAGGGAAUUGCAUUUUCUGCAUUCCUCUUUGGUUGCAAGAGGAAUCUGGCCCUCACUCGAUGUUUGGCUGUCUGGCACUUGCUUCCCAUGGAAUGCGAGGACAGGCGAAGGCACUGGGUGCAUGGAGCAUUCUGGCUGCCGCGACCCCCUGAUGCCGUUCCUGGAAGCACAGGUUAUCCUACUAAUUGGGUUUUUUAAAUUGGAGUAAACCACAGGCAGGGGCUAGAGAUGAUGAGAUAAGAAACUGUGAAAACAACCCAGCUACAAGGAUUUUAAAGGUUUGGCUUGAGAGGGGAUUUCAUUCAGUGAAAGAAACGAGGGGCACACGGCUUGCUUAUAUUAAAGUUUUUCUCUACAUUUAUGAUAUGGCAACCCUCCCAGGAAUGCAAGUUGAAAAAACCCACAUCUGUAAAAGUGAGGGUGGAAGAAAUUGGAAUAUAAAUAUUUAACAAAACUGGAACUGUGUGUGUGAGAGAAAGGAACUGAGAGAGAAGGGGGGAACAUAACGCUUUGAAAAUAUGGAGCAAAGUUUUCCCUAACGUCCGUUAUCCACAAAAGAAUGCUUUUUGAGAUUAGGAUAAUUGGCCAUAAAUCAGUGGCAGGGAAGAAAGGAGUCUAGCAGCUGUGGGAAUAGAAGCUACGUGAAGUCUGGAUUCAGACCAUUCUUUCUAGGCUGGAGAAAUGGCGAAGAUGGCUUGUUUACUGGAAGCCAAAUCAUGGGAUGAAGCAAUGCGGUGACUCUGGAAACUGUGAGAUAACUGCUUCUCUCGAGGCAUGAUGGGAACCAUCACCAGUUUAGGAAUGAAGGCUAUAACAUCAUAUAUGGAUAGGAAAAUAUCAUGGGCGUGGGAACUAUCACAUGCAGGAAAGAAUAAGGAUUACACUUAGAGUUCCUCACUUGAAACUUUAUAAAUUUCAUGCAGCUGCUGGGUGACCUUGGGCCAGUCACACUUCUUUGAAGUCUCUCAGCCCCACUCACCUCACAGAGUGUUUGUUGUGGGGGAGGAAGGGAAAGGAGAAUGUUAGCCGCUUUGAGACUCCUUAAAAGGGAGUGAAAGGCGGGAUAUCAAAUCCAAACUCUUCUUCUUCUUCUUAAAUUACCUAAUAUACCAACACAAAUGAAACUACAAGAUUGUAGCUGUUAUAUAAGGGAUUAUUAUAUCUGAAUGUAAUGGAACUUAUUAGGAUUUUGGAAGGCAGAAAAAAUGUAGAAGAAUGAAGCCAUCAAAUCUAGCACAUGGAGAGGCCAAUUUGAUUAAACUGUAGAAUUUGAAUAAUUGGCAUUAAUAAUUGUAUUAACUGGAUAAAAUUGGUAUUGUUAUAAUGAGGCUGUUAUUGGAAAAUCAAUGAAAACAUAUUUAGAAAAAGGAAAACCUCCCCUCCAUUUUGCCAACAUGUCAGGGGCACAGGGCUGUGAAACAAACCAUUGGUCAUAUUUGGCUUUGUGACGUCCAUCACAUUGCUUACAAGCUGUCACCAGGAAGCCUAUUCAGAAUGAAGGCAAAGUUUCCUGCCCUCACUUGGAUUUGGCUUCCUUGGUCCAUUUCAACUUCUUACAGAAUCCUUCAGCUGCAGGGCUGUGUCAAAGUGGCAGGUUGCCCUGUACAUUUUAAUAAAAGCCAGAAAGAAUUACAAACCGAAAGCUGUAAUCCUGUGGGAAUUGAGGUGGGCAGAACCUUGCUCUGUGAACAUGGCAAUACUUGAGAAUAAAUAUGCAAUGAAGUGUGCUUUGUGGGAGCGGCCUGGCCUGUUUGUCUCCUAUUUUUCUGCGGUUGAUUGCUGGGUGCAUACAGCAGGCUUUCUGCUGGGUGGGGCUGAUGAUAGACAUAGUACAAAACAUCUGGAAGGCACCAGGCUGGAAAAGCCUGCUUUUCUUUAUUCUUAUAAUUCUUAUAAUCAUGAUUGCUAUUAUAAUAUAAUAAUAAUAAUAAUAAUAAUAACAAUAAUUUAUUAUUUAUACCCCGCCCAGCUGGCUGAGUCUCCCCAGCCACUCUGGGCGGCUGCCAAUCAAGUAUUAAAAACAAUACAGCGUUAAAUAUUAAAAACUUCCCUGAACAGGGCUGCCUUCAGAUGUCUUUUAAAAAUAAGAUAGCUACUUAUUUCCUUCACAUCUGAAGGGAGGGUGUUCCACAGGGCAGGCGCCACCACGGAGAAGGCCCUCUGCCUGGUUCCCUGUAACCUCACCUCUCACAAUGAGGGAACCGCCAGAAGGUCCUCGACGCUGGAAUUCAGUGUCCGGGCUGAACGAUGGGGGUGGAGACGCUCCUUCAGGUAUACAGGACCGAGGCCGUCUAGGGCUUUAAAGGUCAGCACCAACACUUUGAAUUGUGCUCGGAAACGUACUGGGAGCCAAUGAAGAUCUCUCAGAACCGGUGUUAUGUGGUCCCGGGGGCCACUCCCAGUCACAAAUCUAGCUGCCGCAUUUUGGAUUAAUUGCAGUUUCUGGGUCACCUUCAAAGGUAGCCCCAUUUAGAGCACAUUGCAGUAGUCCAAGCGGGAGAUAACUAGAGCAUGCACCACUCUGGUGAGACAGUCCGCGGGCAGAGAGGGUCUCAUCCUGCGUACCAGAUGGAGCUGGUAGACAGCUGCCCUGGACACAGAAUUGACCUGCGCCUCCAUGGACAGUCGUGAGUCCAAAAUGACUCCCAGGCUGCGCACCUGGUCCUUCAGGGGCACAGUUACCCCAUUCAGGACCAGGGAGUCCUCCACACCUGCCCUAUUAGGAAGCCUUCGGAAGUCAAAUAUUUCCAUUUGCAAGUCAAUUCAACACUGGCCAUUUUGUAUUUCAGCAGAAUCUUGGCUAGGUUGCAAAUUAAUGGAUCACUUUACCCAGCCAGAUGGGUGGGGUAUAAGUAAUAAAACUAUUAAAAUUAUUACUGUCAUUUUUCCUGACUAAGGAAACAUCCCCCAACCCUUUUUUUGUCUCCUAGUCCUGGUCUUUUGCUAGGAGGUGUGUUGUGUGCAGGUCCCAGCAACAGAGGUGUUGCCAGUGAAACUGCUCUGCCUUGAGGGCAUCUCAGUAGGCUGGCUGUUUGCCAAAUUGCUUGGGAUCUUACCACCAAGAGAUUGCAACGCCCAUGCCAUAAUUUGCGCUUAAUGAAGGCUUUGGAGAUGUGCAGAGCAGAAUGUCAACAAGGUCCUUAUCUAUGCAUCUAGAUUUCCACAGCGCAUUGCAUAGAACCCUACAAUAUGCACCUCUGAGGCUGCUGGCUGGAGGAAUCCCGGAAACGUAGAGUUGGGACCCAAUGGGUCAUCUAGUCCAACCCGCUGCAAUGUGGGAAUACUAGUGAAAGAAUCCCUGACAGGUGGCCACCCAACCUCUGUUGAGAAAGGAAGGAGAGUCUACCACCUUCUAGCUUAGGGGUCAGCAAACUUUUUCAGCCGUGGACCGGUCCACUGUCCCUCAGACCAUGUGUAGGGCCAGACUAUAUAUUUUUUUUUCUGGGGGGGAAUAAACAAAUUCCUAUGCCCUACAAAUAACCUGAAGGAGCGUCUCCACCCCCAUUGUUCUGCCUGGACACUAAGGUCCAGCCCUGAGGGCCUUCUGGCGGUUCCCUUGCUCCGAGAACCCAAGUUACAGGGAACCAGGCAGAGGGCCUUCUCGGUGGUGGUGCCCACCCUGUGGAACGCCCUCCUACCAGAUGUCAAAGAGAAAAAUAACUACCAACCUUUAAAAGACAUCUAAAGGCAGCCCUGUUUAGGGAAGCUUUUAAUGUUUAAUAGGUUUUUGUAUUUUAGUGUUUUGUUGGAAGCUGCCCAGAGUGGCUGGGGAAACCCAGCCAGAUGGGCGGGGUACAAAUAAUAAAUUAUUAUUAUUAUUAUUAUUAUUAUUAUUAUUAUUAUUAUUAUUACCCAGAGAUGCAUUUUAAAUAAAAGCACACAUUCUACUCAUGUAAAAACACACCGAUUCCCAGACCGUCCGUGGGCUGGAUUGAGAAGGCGAUUGGGCCGGAUCCGUCCCCGGGCCUUAGGUUGCCUACCCCUGAUCUAGCUCUUAUUAUGAUUUCACACUCUUCAGUUAAAACAUUCCUGCUUUCGAGUAGCUGGGGAAACCCAGCCAGAUGGGCUGGGUAUAAAUUAUAAAAUUAUUAUUAUUAUUAUUAUUAUUAUUAUUAUUAUUAUUAGGCAAGCAGUUGACCUGAUUUCUCAUUGAUGCUUCUUAGUGUGUUGUGGUUUUCAUGGCCUGCUCAGAGGUAAACUCUGGUCUUAAUAGCCUCAUGCAGAACCUCCUCCUUAGAAGGAAAUGUGCUUUGCGCUACUUACUUCAAAAUGUGUUAAGCCAGUCCAGCUCUGUUUGGGGGUGCCCUUGUGUUAGAAGUAAAAAUCCUGCUCCUUAUGGGGCAAUCCAGUCAGAUGGGUGGGGUACAAAUUAUAACAGUCAUAAUCACUGUGGUCUAAACCACUGAGCUUGCUGAUCAGAAGGUCGGCGGUUCAAAUCCCUGCGACAGGAUGAGCUCCUGUUGCUUUGUCCCAGCUCCUGCCAACCUAGCAGUUCGAAAGCAUGCAAAAAAAAGUGCAAGUAGAUAAAUAGGUUCCCCUCCGGCGGGAAGGUAAACGGCAUUUCCAUGCGCUGCUCUGGUUUCGGUGUUCCGUUGUGCCAGAAGCGGUUUAGUCCUGCUGGCCACAUGACCCAGGAAAACUGUCUGUGGACAAACGCCGGCUCACUCAGCCUGUAAAGCGAGAUGAGCGCCGCAACCCCAGAGUCGUUCGCGACUGGACUUAACUGUUAGGAGUCCUUUACCAUAAUAAUAUUCAAACAGUCCUCUAAGCAGGAAACACCUGCCCCAAUAGAACAGUCUGAAUUUGGUCUCUGGAAGAUCUUCAUCCUCUGGUUUGGGUGAACUUCAGGAUUCAGAAUGUGGGAGCAACCAGUUCUCCAUGGGACCUUGAGAAAAACACCUGGGCAUUCUAUCUGAUGAGGAUCUCUCAGCUAAUUUUGGAGGUAUCCAUACCUCUAAGGCACCAGUGUGGAACCUGUGGUCUUCCAGAUGUUGAAUGAGAGCUCCUGCUAUCCCUGACCUUUGACUAUGCUGGCUGGGACUGAUGGGAGUUGAGGCGAAACAGUAUCUGGAAGAGCAAAGUGUUCCUCACUCCCUGCUCUAAGGCGUGUUGCUUUGCCCCAAGGUGCUCACAGCCUUGAAGGUCACAGCCAGACUGAGACAAACGUUGAUUUAUGUUCACCUGGGAAAGAGAUGCCUUUGCUUGACUUUUGCUUCUCUCUUUUCUUUCCGCACAGCCCACGCCUUUUUUUGCUACAGGUGCGAAAACGAGCCUUCCAACUGGAACUGUAUGAAGGCAGUUAAGUGCGCAGAACAGGACCAAUUCUGUACCACCAUCACUUCCACGUCAGGAACGGGUAGGUAGCAAACCUUUAUUAUAUUCUCUCUGAAGCUACAGUUGCUGAGCGUGAGGUGAAGCCCUAUCCCUCAAGGUCGCUAGCCAAGGGCACUGGCAGUAUGACAGAUCACUCUUCUUCCUAGGCUGGGUGAAAAAAGGGCAAAAACAGGUUACUGACUGGGACAGAGUGAUGUUUGCAGCUAUUGUUAAAGUUGCAAAAAACAAAGAGCACAGGUCUGAGGGAGGGAGGAAUUUUUGUAACAACAUUGGUGUACCAGCUCCGCUCAAGGCAUGACGGAUAGCAGCAACAAGUGAGAAAAGACAGCCACAACAUUUUACAAAGACAGGAAGAAAGAAUAGGGACAGAAUAAAUGUCACACACUCGAAGAACAAUGAUAUAGUAUGAGAUCUUCACUUAUAAAUUGUUGAAUGUGUUAACACAAAUAGAAGUUAUAUACAGUGUUACCUCGGGUUACAUACGCUUCAGGUUACAUACGCUUCAGGUUACAGACUCCGCUAAAAUAUUACCUUGGGUUAAGAUCUUUGCUUCAGGAUGAGAAAAGAAAUUGUGCAGCGGCGGUGCGGCGGCAGCAGGAGGCCCCAUUAGCUAUAGUGGUGCUUCAGGUUAAGAACAGUUUCAGGUUAAGAACGGACCUCCAGAACAAAUUAAGUUCUUAACCCAAGGUACCACUGUAUAUUGCAGCUGUUGCAUAAGGGAUUACUAACGCCCUCCCACCAGAUGUCAAAGAGAACAACAACUACCAGACAUUUAGAAGACAUCUGAAGGCAGCCCUGUUUAGGGAAGCUUUUAAUGUUUGACGGACUACUGUAUUUUAAUAUUUUGUUGGAAGCCGCCCAGUGGCUGGGGAAACCCAGCCAGAUGGGCGGGGUGUAAAUAAAUGAUGAUGAUGAUGAUGAUGACUGGAAUGUAAGUGAAAUCAUUAAGAUUUUGGAACGCAGAAACAAAGUAAAUAAUCAAACCAUCAAUUCUAGCAUGCGGGGGGGGGGCACCUAAAUUACAUAAUUGGGCAUUUGUAUGAUUUGUAUUAGGAAUUGUAUUAUAAUCUGGCAAUGUUAUAAUGAGGCUAUUAUUGGAUUAUUGUAAUUGGAAAACUAAUAAAAAUUAUAACCCAACAGAAAGAAAGCUAGCCGUCACUUAUGGCCCAUCUGCAAGCUCUGAACUCAGCUCCCAUUGCUCUGUCCCAGCUCCUGCAAACAUAGCAGUUCAAAAGCACGCCAACACAAGUAGAUUAAUAGGUACCGCUGCUGCAGGAAGGUAAAUGGGGUUUCCGUGCAGUCUAGUUUCCGUCACGGUGUCCCGUUGUGCCAGAAGCGGUUUAGUCCUGCUGGCCACAUUACCCGGAAAGCUGUCUGUGGACAAACACCGGCCUGAAAGCGAGAUGAGCGCUGCAACCCCCUAGUUGUCUUUGAGUGGACUUAACCAUCCAGGGGUCCUUUACCUUUUACCUAGUAAAGGUAAAGGGGACCCCUGACCACUAGGUCCAGUCGUGGCCGACUUUGGGGUUGCGGCACUCAUCUCGCUUUAUUGGCCGAGGGAGUCGGCGUACAGCUUCCGGGUCAUGUGGCCAGCAUGACUAAGCCGUUUCUGGCGAACCAGAGCAGUGCACGGAAACGCAGUUUACCUUCCCACCAGAGUGGUACCUAUUUAUCUAUUUGCACUUUGACGUGCUUUUGAACUGCUAGGUUGGCAGGAGCAGGGACCGAGCAACGGGAGCUCACCCUGUCGCAGGGAUUCGAACCGCCGGCCUUCUGAUCGGCAAGUCCUAGGCUCUGUGGUUUAACCCACAGCGCCACGUGCCAAAUAAGCAAAUAAAAUCCGCAAACGACAGUUUGAAAUGUCGUGACUUUAAACUCAGGGAGCAUCCUCAUGGUCUUUAUUUUAACGAUGGUCUCCAGACAUUUUGCUGGGCGUGGAAAGACUGAGCAAUGGGAGCUCACCCUGUUGCGGGGAUUCGAACCGCCGACCUUCUGAUCAGCAAGUCCUAGGCUCUGUGGUUUAACCCACAGCGCCACCCGCGUCCCUUAGCUUUUACCUACCCAUGUAUAAUCGCCCCCUUUCAUUCCUGUCCUCCAGGCAAGAACGCCGUGUACCAGCUUAGCAAGAGAUGCACCCCGACUUGCACGGAGAACUUCAUCGACACAGGCCUGACAAGUGUUUCGACCAAGUGUUGCAGCCAUUCCUUCUGCAAUAUCAGCGGGGCCACUAGUGUCAAAACCAGCAGCCUGCUGAUGGCCGUGGGCGUCCUUGCCAGUUUCUUCUACAUCUUCCAAUCCGUCUUGUGAGGAGCCUCUGCGGAGCAAAGGUCACAGUUCUCCUAUCCAAAACUGUCAAAUGUCGCUCCCCUUUCCCUUGUUCGAGAUCAAGAAUCCCGUCGUGGACAGCAAACGCCACCCCACGGAAGCAUUGCGGAAGAGCUUGCUCACAUGGAUCAUUGCCCUGAAUGCUAAAAUUCCUGACUUCUUGCUUGGUGUUAGAAUCCAUAUUGUUAGUUCUGCAUUUUGCUGAGGCUUGGGAGUAUAUUUGUUUGAGGAUUUGUAGGAAGUUGGGGCCAAAUUUCAUGUUAGUUAGUACUGCUAAUAUGUAUUUCCACUCCAAGCAAUCAAAGGCUUUGAGGAUGUCUAGGGACAUAAUUGUCAAUGGGAGUUUGGUUGCCUUGCUGUGUUCGAUCAGG